UUUAUCGUCAUAUAGAAUUUUGAAGUGGAGACAAUUACAACAAAUAUUUGUUAAAUUGUUAAGUUUCCUGCAAUUUAAUCUUGAAUAUAUCUAGCUAAAAAACGGUGCAGUUUUGGUUUCAUAAAUGGACUUUUUAAGUUUUACAAAAUUUACCAGUAUUAAAAGUCAGGAGCCACAAUCGAAUUGCUAGUAGUGCAGAUAUUUUAUUUUAUUAUAAAAACGGCUAUUAGCUAAUACCUACUAAGAGCGUUACUCAAAAAAAAAAAAAAAAGAUCAAAAUAAAAAACACUGCCUUGUAUGGCAUAUCAGUAAAAAUUGUUUUACCAAAUUAGGCCCGUGUACACGUGAGCUAUUGCACCUUGUGAAGUAGGCACGUGCCUCGCACGUUUUUUCCCAUUCAAAUUUGAGCCGUGCUUCUAAGCAACAAAUUGGUUGAUGAUGUUAUUGAAAUUGCUAUUAAUCUUUUAAAAAGCAUUAGUUAAAAAUGUAUUAAAGAUUAAUUUAAAAUAAAUUUUUAGUAUUUUAAUUAUAAAAAAUGUUAGUUCUACUUGCACUAGAUUGUUGAUUAUUUUAAUGAUUUGGACCAUGUUUGCAUUUGUAAAACGAUAUGGAUUCAGCCCACUAAGCUUUUCGAAAUCCAUUCAUCUUUAGCUCUUCAAUUCCUUAAAAGCCUUAGUUGAAACUCCCAUUUUGUUUCCAAAAAUGGCUUAAAUUUCUGGUAGCAUAUGAUUGUGGUUUGAUGAUUAUCAUUUAGAUUUAGAUUAGAUGCAUUCAGAAGUCAAAAUGCUUGUACGAGAAGGCAGUAUAUCAAAUGAGUACAUUGCGAUGAACUAGGUGGGAUUUGGUGCCAUGCCAAUCUUAUUUAUGGGUCAUUUGUCAACUUCAAAAACAAAUUAAUUUUGUCAUUAGUUAGACUACUUCCUCUGAAAUCAAAGUCCUCAAUGGUCCAUAGAUGAUGUGUGUAUCACAACAAGUGCCACCCUCAUAUCAAGCCUUGUUUGUCUUUGCCAUGAAAAAAUUUGGAAUACACACAUUCUCGUUUCUUUUCUAAUAAAAAUUUCAACUUUUUCUUUUUUCGUUUGGAAGUUGAUUAGGACAUUGUGGAUGAAGCUGACUUCUGUUUUCACAUGAAGGCAUUAUUGUGCUAUUAAACAAAUAAUGUCAUCUGGAGUAAUAGCCUUCUUUUGCUUUAUAGGAUUUCAAGAUUGGAUUAAAAUAAUUAAUUGUAUGUUUCUCCUUGCAAUUUGUGCUGUUUUAUAAUAUUACUGCAAGAAAGUUUCUAUCCAGACGCUGCCGAAAUAUAUUGUAGGCAUAUUUUGAUCCCAGCAGAAAGAAUCGGAACACAAAAUGGUAGGCAGAACCACACGAGUUGUGAAUUCCUACGCAUACGCCUACUUUAUAGAAUUUCUGUUCUCAUUGCAACUGAGGAAUCUACUGUGCUUUUGACAGGCAUAUGGGAAUUUUAAAUUCUUCUUUUAAGUGUGCUGUCGUUUAAUCAUCUUCCUUUGGCUUCUUCUUCUUCGUCUCUCAUCCCUUAGUUUCCUUUUCCCCUGCGUUAAAGUCUCUGUCUUUUUAAUCUUUGGAAGGAAAGUAAAUAGUGAUCUCUUUAAAGAUGGAUUCUGUGAAACUCUCUUCCAUGACUCCCAAAAAGAGUAGAUUGGCACGCACAGUUGCGAAAGUUCUUCAUCUUAGAGCUGCUACUGGGAUUGCUCCUGUUGAUGGUGUGCAAAAAGUCAAGUCUCAGGAAAAGGUCGAGGAUGAUAGCAAGAUUGGCAAUAAGAGUACAGUCAGUCUGCGCCAGUCCUUCAAAAUCAGCAAUGAUGAGGAACGCCAAAAGAGUUUGGCUAUGCAAGCUCUUCUUGCAAAACUGUUUGCCAGCGUUUCUUCGGUUAAAGCAGCAUAUGCUCAGUUACAGUGUGCUCAGUCUCCUUAUGACGUGGAUGGAAUCCAAGCAGCUGAUCAAUUAGUAGUUUCCGAGUUGAAGAAUUUGUCUGAGUUGAAGCAGUGUUAUAUUAAAAAACAGUUCGAUUCUUUUUCAGAGACUACGAUGCUGUUGGCUGAAGUUCAGGAGCAGAAGUGUAUUUCAAAGACCUAUGGAAUUACGGGGAAGAAAUUGGAGUCUCAGUUGAGGCUCAAGGACUCUGAGAUCAUAUAUCUUAAGGAAAAAUUGGAGGAAUCCAAUAGACAGAACCGGUUACUUGAGAAGAGAUUAAAUCAGAGCGGACAGUUGUCUAUGCCUGACAAUCUUCACCGAUCAGGACUGAAUCCUAGUCAUUUCCUAGCAGUUGUUAGGUUUACAGUGAAGUCAAUCCGAAGCUUUGUGAAGUUGAUGAUUGAUCAGAUGAAAGCUGCUGAUUGGAAUCUUGACGCCGCAGCCAAUUCAAUUGUACCGGAAGUGGUCUACUGGAGAGCUGAUGAUAAAUGCUUUGCAUUUGAAUGCUUUGUUUGCAGGGAAAUGUUUGAUGCUUUCCAUUUGCCAUUCUUCUCCCUUCCAAACGAGUCUUUAACAGAGAAAAAGAAUCAGCAACAUCACUUUUUCAGGAGAUUCACAGAACUAAAAUCUGCGAAAGCAAAGGAGUAUCUUGCAGAGUAUCCCAAAUCGACAUUUGCAAAAUUUUGCAGGACCAAGUAUUUGCAACUUGUUCAUCCACAGAUGGAAACUUCAUUCUUUGGCAAUUUGAGCCAAAGAACCCUUGUGAGUUCCGGUGAAUUUCCCGACACUAGUUUCUUCGCCUCAUUCGCUGAAAUGGUAAAGCGAGUGUGGCUUCUACAUUGCUUGGCCUUUUCUUUCAAACCAGAGGCCUCAAUCUUUCAAGUACGCAGAGGAUGUCGAUUUUCUGAAGUUUACAUGGAAUGUGUAUCAGAGGAGGCACUGCUCUCGUCCGAAAACGUACCAGAAGCCGACCCACCAGUUGCAUUCACGGUGGUUCCAGGCUUUAGGAUCGGUAAAACUGUUAUACAGUGCCAGGUCUACCUCUCUCAUACCCAAAUCAAGGUAAAUGAUGAUCUUCAAUCUCAUAGAUAACAAGGCCAGCUCCGGGUAGCUUAACCCACAAACACGAUGAAUCAAACGGGCUGCCAUUAUCAUGAUUCCUAAACCUGCUUACAUUCAAUCGGACGGUCAGGAAAUCAUGUCAUGAUUUUUCACCUUUUGUUUUAUUGAGUGAAAGUUAGAUGAUGAGGCAAGAAGUGUGGGUUGGGUAGUUUGCGUUGUUUUAUAUUUUAGUGGCCAGUUUGAAUGGACCGUUGUGGUAGGGCGGUGGGGGGGGGCAAACUUCGAUUUUAUUAUUUGAAUUAUGAAACUGAAAGACAUCAGACAUGCUCGCAAUUUUGUUAAUAUUAGGCCAGUGACAGAGGGAUUUGUUUAGCAAGUUUGCCUCGUUUCCCUAUGUUAUGAAGAUUUUUUUUUAAUGUAAAUAAUAAAUAUAGUGGUA